AAAAGUAAUGGAGCUCACAAAAGAGGAAACUGGCAUUGACAAAAUAUCAAUCAUUAUGCUAGGUGAUGCUGGGGUGGGCAAGUCCUGUAUCUCAGUCACCUUCAAAUCAGGUCAGGGGGCUGCUCAAAAGGUAGACACCACCAUUGGGAUAGACCUAUGGACCAAGGUAGUGGCAAUAGAUGACAAAUAAAUUAAAAGCAGUUAUCUACGACACUUCAGGCCAAGAACGGUACAGGUCGAUCCCCAAAAGUUAUAUCAGGAAAGGCGAUGGCAUCGCCUUGGUCUACGAUAUAACCAGCAGGAAGAGCUUCGACUCUUUAGCCUGCGAGAAAGAUAGCUGGCUUAAUGAGGUUGAGUCCUUGAGGGACGACAAGCCGCCUCUGAUUGUUAUGGGGAAUAAGAGUGACCUGGGAGAGGCCAGAGAGGUCACAGAGAAGGAAGGCAUUGAGUUUGCAGAGAGCAUUGGAGCGUUCUUUACGGAGACUACUGUGAUGGAUUCGAAGGUUAUUGAUUCAGCUUUUCAGAUCCUGAUAAAGACAGUUUAUAUCAAGAAGAAUGCUGACGGGCUCCAACAAGGAAGCUCUUUUCGUUCAAGAGCCAAUUCUACAAAGCUCCAUUCCAAACGUGCUGCAAAACAGAAGAAGACAGCCUCUUCAUGAAGCAGCUGUGCUUGCUCAUGCAAACCUGAAAAGGAACCAAAGUUUGAGAUUUAAUAUACCCUAAAAGAGGUAUUCUGCUCCAAGGUCAACUUUGCAGCGUCUGUACUACUCUAAAAUUCUUCAUAAAAUUCAUGAAUUCAUUCUG